AUGGCCAAAGUCUUCAUUGUCAGCGGCGCCAGCAAGGGCAUCGGCGCCGCCGUCACGCGCCACCUCCUCGGGCAGGCGCACAAGGUGGUGCUCACAGCUCGCUCGGGGGACCUGCUGGAGCGCGUGCGGGCGGCGCACCCGGACCAGGUGGAAUACGUGGCGGGCGACAUGGCCGAUCCUACGGUGCGUGUUAGGGGAGAGCGGACGGAAAUUGCCACGAGACUGGCCGAGGUCGCCGUCAACAAGUUUGGGCGCAUCGACGGUGUAGUGGUGAACCACGGUGUCCUAGAGAAUACGACGCUGGCGGACAUGAGCGUUGAGAGCUUUAGGAGCAUGUACGAGAUCAACGUCGUCAGCUGCUUCGCCUUGGCCAAGGCGGCAUUACCUGAACUACGCAAGACGAAAGGCUGCAUCGUCUGGGUUUCCUCUGGCGCCGCUGCAAAGACAUACCAGGCUUGGGGCGGUUACGGAUCUUCCAAGGCGGCCAUCAACUCCUUAUCUGGUCAUCUCGCCAUUGAAGAAAAGGACAUUACAAGCAUUGCCAUUCAACCCGGCCGCGUCGACACCGACAUGCAGCAGCUCAUCAGGGACACGGGUUCCAACACCAUGGACAAGGCAGUCUACGACACCUUUGUACAAGCAAAAGAGUCGGGAGGGCUUCUCAAGCCAGAGCAGCCCGGCAACGUCAUUGCGCGGUUUGUAGCCUCGCCGUCCAAGGAACUCAGCGGCAAGUUUACGGGUUGGAACUCACCUGAACUGGCUGCCUACCAAGAGUAG